GUGGGCUGACAGGCGGCGGAGGGCGCGCACUCUACCAGGGACGCCCGGCUUCUCUGCACGGCUCCCUCGUUCCCCUUCGCCGGCCAUGGCAUCCAAGUGCCCCAAGUGCGACAAGACCGUCUACUUUGCUGAAAAAGUAACUUCUUUGGGGAAAGACUGGCACAAGUUUUGUCUGAAAUGUGAGCGUUGCAACAAGACCUUGAACCCUGGUGGACAUGCUGAGCAUGAUGGGACGCCCUACUGCCAUAAACCCUGUUAUGCAACGCUGUUUGGACCUAAAGGAGUGAACAUUGGAGGGGCAGGAUCUUACAUCUAUGAUAAGCCCCAGACUGAAGGACAGUUGGUGUCAGGCCCUAUUGAAUAUGUGUCCAAAGUGGAAGAGAAGAAAGUGAAUGCUGCCCCAAAGGGCCCCAGCAAAGCCUCCAGUAUUACAACUUUCACAGGGGAACCCAAUGUCUGCCCACGCUGCUCUAAGAAAGUCUAUUUCGCUGAGAAGGUGACUUCACUGGGCAAGGACUGGCACCGUCCCUGCCUACGUUGUGAACGCUGUGGGAAGACACUAACCCCUGGAGGCCAUGCUGAGCAUGAUGGCCAGCCUUACUGCCACAAACCAUGUUACGGGAUCCUGUUUGGACCAAAGGGAGUCAACACUGGUGCGGUUGGAAGUUACAUCUACGAUAAAGACACCGAGGCAAAAGAUCAACCUUGAGAGCUUUUUUCUGCCAGCUGCUCCAGCUGCUCAGCCCACUUGCACUGCAUUCUCUUGACUAACCUUCUUGUGUGUUUAGAUAUAGUGACGCCACAUGCUGGCUCGGCCCUCUAGGAGCAGUUGAUGAGGUAGCUGCACGUUUUGCUGUUUCCUCGCUGGAUAGGUUGGCAUUUGGUUCUUCCUCUGUUUUAUAAUUGCAACAAAAGCAGACCUAGCUGCUUCUCUCUCACUGCAUCCCCUGGCAAACCCAUCCCUUCAGCUUAGUGUGCUCUGAGCUGCCACGGGUUACACAACUCAAUCCCAUUACCCAGUGUUCCCAGGAAAGUACAUAUUCAGCAGUGGCUCUGGCUGCAUUUAUAUAUAUAAUCAGCUAUUGGAUAUUUAAUGGUUGGAUACCUGGAGAGAUUGUCCACAAGCUGAGUGCAAAAAUGUGUUGUGAUGAGCUAGAAGGGAGGGCAAGUCUGCAGAGGCCUUUGGUGUCCUGAUACCCAAGGACACCUAGCUGUGGCCUUACUGUUAGGCAGUAUUGCUAUACAGCCCUUAUACUUAGUCUCCCUAGCAGCAGGCUCUCUCCAGCAUGUUUGGCACAGCUAAAUGCUUUUGUUUGAAAAUCUGUAUUGGUGUGGAAUCUGUGAGAAAUUAUUAGCCCUGCUAAUAUUAUUCUAGGAAAAAGUUAUUACUGUAACUUGAGUGAGGAGGUAAGGGCUCCUUGUGUGAAACCUGUAGCUUUCCAAUACCUAUUAAUGCAAGAUCUGUGGAUGUGGCUCCCUAGUGUCUGUAUAGGAAACCUUGGCCUUUCUUGUCACAAUUAAGUAGCCUGAAUCCUAAAAGGGGAGUGGUAGAGACGUGUUGGUAAAUGUGUGUGUUGUGUGUAUACAUGUGGUUAUUGGAGAGUAAGUAGCUCUGUCUGCCUACAAAUGGACUAGUUUCAGGGUUUGUUUCCCUGUGUGUUUCACAUGUAUUUAUAACCAGAUAGUCAAUUGCUUUUUCCUUUGGGGAAUGCCGUGCCCUUCCAGUCACCCUGGAAUAUUUACAUGGGAGCAAGAGGCACAGUUAGUAAUUACUGGGGGUCUGGAGUGGAGACAAUGUUAAUGAAACAACUUUCCAAAAGCUUGCACUAUCCAAAUUACAAACCAGCUUCUACAACCAAGAAUGCCUCUUCCAACUUACUGUUUUCAGUUAAUAAAAGUAUUUCAUAAA